ACGUUAUGAAAUCCACUACUUUUGUCCACAGCAAUGUUUUUCACGAAGUUUUUUUUCUCCCCUCGUGAUGUAUUAAGCUUAAACAGUUUUAAAGUACGUUUGCAAAUUGAAUUAACAUUUCAUAAAUAUGACAGAGACUAGUUUUGCUGCCCAAUAAUCGCGUUCGUUUAUUGCGUUGUAGAAAACAAAAAUCUUAUUUUUUUUUAUGCGAUCUUACAACAUUUGCACAUGUGUUUAUAUCUGAUAGAUUUUUUAUUACCAGGAUUUUCGAUGAUCAUUUAUUUGUGCCCGUUGCAUUUAAAAACAAUGUAAACUUAUAAUAAUUAUUAUGCUUGUAUCCUGAUAGGUCGUGACAUGUUACUAGCGUUGUGUGUUUAAAGUACAAAUAAAUAUAUUAUGUAAGUAUUCGAUUUUUACUAAGAUUAUGCGUUACUCCUGAGUAUUGUCAAUAUUGUAGAAAUGUAAAAUAUCCGUUAGCCAAUGAUGGGACAUUAUGUGUAACGCUGACAUUUUUUUAUUGUUCUGUUGGCACUAUUAAUAUUUGGAAACGACCAAUAACAGGAAUCGAACGUGUACGUAUUUGCCGGACGCUGUAGGCUGUACACGUGUGUUCAGAUACUGACGUUGAUAAUUUUUUCUAGUUUCCUAUUUGUCGCGUCAGCGUAGUUAGUGUGCUUCUGUGCUUGUGAUUUGAAACGAUACCUACAAUUAGUGUGGAGAAACUGCAAUUAAUUUAUAUAGGGCGAAAUUAUAAUGAAUGUUUUAUAUUUUCUUUUAUUUGUGUUUGUAUCUGUCUCAGCUGACCAAUCAAAACAGUUGAGAUGUUUAGUGUGCCGACACGUUGUUGACGAAAUUGACAACAUAAUUCAAAAGGUGGACCCUAAAAAGAAAGUCUCUGUGGGUGGCUACAGGUUAGACUCUAAUGGCAACCAGAAGCAAAAGAGUGUGCCUUUCGCUCGCUCAGAGAUGCAUCUCACGGAAGUCAUGGAAACGGUGUGCGACAAGAUGGAUGACUACGUGCGGGGCACCUACAAGACUUCCGGGGAGCUGACCGUUCUGCGCCUCAUCACCGAGGAUGGCAAGAUGAACCCUUUGCUCAGCGAGGUGGACCUCAUCCAAGACUCCGACCUGAACAAGAGCCUGAAGUUCUACUGUGAAGGCAUAGUGGAAGAGUUUGAGGACAAUAUCUUGAGGCUUUUUGGGAAGGAUGCCAAAAACAUAGACAUCAAACUGUGCACGGAUGAAGCAGCAUUGUGUUCGCAGACGGAACCAGACGAUGACUACACUUUUGAAGAGAAGGAAGAGCUUUGAUGUUGACCAUCCUCUCGAUAGUUAGAACAAAUUAUUGUGAAACAUGGGCCUUACAAUAUGUAAGUCUCUUGUUAUUGUUCCUUUAUUUUUAUCACUUAUUUAUUUGACCAAGCAUUAUUUCUGUUUAGGAAUUACAGUCAUUUACAUGUCUAUGUCACAAAACAUUCCCACAUUUUUGGAAUAUGGGUAAACAAUGGUGAGGUAUUUUCACUCAGCAAAAUAAUUAUGAUCCCGUGAGUGGUUUUCUUUGCAUCUACAUUAGAAAAGUAUGUGAAUGUAAGGUUUUAUACAAACUAAAUGUAUUAAGUCAGAUUUAGGAUCAUUAUAGAACGUAGACUGCAAUUUUAAGUACUUAAUUUUCAAGUAAUUCAUUCCUAGUGUUUGUUGUGUCAUUUAUUUACAGCAUGAUGACCACAUGAACCUUUUCAUUGUAAAAUUUUUAUUCUAUACUCAUAUGAACAACUAUUUUUUUAUGAAUAUGUUAACAUACUAUUUCUCAGAACACUAUAUUUCACAUUUGUUUCAUUAUGUAAUGUUGAAUGUCGGUGAUGUUUCAAUAAAGUAUUUCAUUUGUUCAUACUCACAAAUGAAAAUUGUAACCAGUUAUAAGUAUUACAGGUCAACAGAUUUUAGUGUGACAGUGGUCAUAAAGCAUUAACAUUCCUUUGCUGAUGUCAGAGAACUAUGUAUUUCAAUUGUACUAAAUACAUAGGGUCCAUGAAUUUGUUAUGUUUGCUCAACUAUCUUUAAUUUUUAAAAUAUAGUCUGUUUAUAUCAAUGACUCACAUUGUGUUUUUUGAAACCAGAAAAACGUGGUUCAGUGUGGAUUGAAUAUUUUUAUUACAAGCAGAAAUAUGGGUUAAAAUAUAUUUUAUAGUGUAAUUAAAUUAUUUGCAUUGAAAAAUAUUACUAGAAUUUUUUUAAAGCUAUGUUAACUGGCUAAUUUUUACUGUCAUAGUGUGUGUAUAGCCUAUAUGUUAGCAUGUUAGAAGUGGGAGUUUAAAGGAAAUUUUAAUAAAAUUUACAUUAUAUUUCAAAAUGUAAAAAUUGUGUGAUACUCAAGAGACAAGUCUUUGUACUAUUGCAUUGAUGACUUAAAAAUUAGCCUUAAUGGACACAUGUACUUUGAAGGGCAUAAAUAUUGCAGAACCCUUCGAAUAAUGUUUUAUGAGGUCAUACUGCAUAGUAUGAUUAAAAUAUUUUUCUGUGGGUAAAGAAACACAUGCUGCUUGCUUCUUGUGCUUCCAUAGUUGUUCUCAAGCGAGAUCUGGCUUACGGCUCAAUUACGGCACCAUGUUGGUUAUUUCAUUUCUUUGUCAUUACUGUUAUUUAAGGACUGUUCCUGUAAAAUUUUCGUAAUAUCUCUUUUGACUUAGUUUUUAGUCGUAAGUGAGCAUAAUGUCUAACAAUUUUUAAAACUAGUUUUAUGUGCUGCUUUGUAAAAUUUAAAACUUUUAACAAAAAAAAAAUCCUUUUUCAAUUUUUUAAAAUUUUUAAUACUACUGUAAUGAACAAGAUUCCACAUUUGAUUAGAAUGUUAAGUGUUUUGGCUUGCAAAAAAAUAAUUUUCAUCCCAUUGUCCCAUCUCUGACUUUGCUGUCGAUAAGAAGUCAUUGAGUACAAAUAAAAAUAAUUAAAGAAUAGAAAAAAAUGUUCCAAAGUAUAUGGUACAAAUUUUGGUUUUAAUAGUUUUGCAUACUUAAAAUGUAAUAAUAUGCAAUGUUGAGAAGAAUACUGUAUAAUUGUGAAAGUAUUCAAUUACAAGUUCCAAAAAUUCUUGUAACAUUUUAGCUGUAUCAAAGUAUCAUUGUUAGAAAAUUUAUUAGCAAAGUAUCUAUCACCUACUAUUGCUUUUUCAUAUUGUAUUUAUAAAUAUGAACCUAUUUUUUUUUAAAUCAAUAGAUUUUUACUGUUGAUAGUAUUACAUGUUAUUUAAAAAAAAAAGUUGUAGAAAAUAAUUUUAAAGCCUAAAGCAUCCAAAAAAAAUUGCCUUAGAUGUAUUUUUAGUGAAAAUUUUAAAAUUAUAAUUUUAUUUUGUAUGCCAUACAAAAUGUAUCAUUCAUAGUUUGUAGUUGAUACUGUAAAAGUGAUGCCUACAUGUGACUCUAAACAAUUUAUCUAAUAUACUACGUACUACCACACUGCAAGUGAAAUACAGACAUUGUAGAAGGCAAGCAAAAACCUCCAAAAAGAGCUGUUGUUCCAAAACAUUUUCCACUUUUGUACUGCUUGUAUUUCAGUAUCUUAAUGAUUUUAUAGUCAUCACAGAACUUGGUUUUAUCACCAAAAUUGUAAUUGUAUGUUACUAAUAUCAUUAUCUAUCUAUAUGCAGUGAUCUGUUGUGGAACAAAUAUGUUGGCACUCUGUCCCUAUUUUGAAUUUAUUGAUUACAACUUUGCCUAUGCAAUUGAAUAUUCUCGUAGUAGCAUUCAUUUUCCCCCAGUUCAUUAAUUCAGUUUCUUCCAACUAGCAAACACCUAUGCCUAUAUUCCAGAAGGAACUUUCUUUUGACAUCGUACCUUCUGGCACCAUACUGCCCUAGAAGUAGCUGGCUUCGCUGGCAGGACAUCCCAGCUUCAGUCCUUUCUCUUUGUGUGUUUGGCAGCAGUUUUCAGCAGAUCAUGACCCAUUGUGGAACACGGCUCGUAGAGUGCCAUCAAUUUUUGUAGCAUUGUAAGAUGUAACCUUGUGGUAGUUAUAAUUCGUCAUAAAUACUUUUUUUAAUUUUCAACCUCUACAUGACCCUAAGUUACCUGAGCUUAACUCACCAGUUUUAAAAAGCCACAUGGACUGCUGACGAAAAUAUGUUAGUGUGUUUUAUGCAAAUCCUCUUAUGUGGGUACGGCUUUGAAUUGUCUGAUCAAAUGUGUGUAAUGAGCAUAUUGCAAUAAAAGCACAAAAGUGUUUGCAGCAUGCCAGUGGUUGACAGUAGUUUCAUCAUAUUGAUGCAAAUUUUGUGCAUCUGCAACUGUCAGUUGUAUCACAGGCGACACAUGCUCCUGAUAAGCCUUGGGGAAAUGGUUACCCCGUUUCAUCCCGAUUAGGAGGCGGUAAAGGACAGGCUAUGCCGACAGGCCAAGGACACCCAUCCCGGCAUCGGUACCACCCAUACCCAUUCAGUUGACUACAAGUUGGAGCAAGUGGAUUCCCCACAUGAGCUACUGAGUAGCACCUAUCCCAGUGGGACUCCUCAAUCACGCAGACUGCCCGCGGUCUGGCCUAGGACCUAUCCAACAUCUACUAGCUAUCUAGGCGUCCAACCUUCCAUGGGUCGGGGCAUCCCUCCGUUUGUCCUCCCAGUGGGAGCAUCUUUGCCAGUGCGAGUUCAGCCUCACUCACCUGAGGCUGUAAGCAAACCUCAGCAGGGACCCAUGGUCAGUCCUUACCAACUUUUGAGGCACUAGUAGGCAUUCCAGGCCGGUAGCUCCUAUUAGAGUUCUGCAGCAGCCUGUGGUUUCAUAGAGCAACUCGGCAAGCGUCGAAUCUUCACAGACACAGCUAGCAACUCAUUGAGGGUUCAGUGUAAUUUAUGUGUUUUUAACAGACGCCAUCAUGUGUGGUGUGCCACACUGGAUCAGUGACCCUAGAAUCUGGUUGGUUUAGGCUAGCCUGGUGUCCCUCGGAUACUCGGAAAGUCGCGGCACCAGGAACAACACAAGAUGCACCCUGGGAAUGUAACACAAGAUUGUGGACCAUGGUGCUUUAACUUGUGUAUCCUUGAACUUUCAACUUGAAAAUCCAAAUUCAUUAUCAAAAAAAUAUGGCGAUGAGCCGUUAGUAUUUUUACAGUGUAUAUGUUUAGCGGUUUAUUUCCAUCGUCUCAGUUUUUAUCUGCUCAAUGGUCUUAUUCAGUUAGAAAAAAUUUUGUUCUUUUGCAUGCACUGGUAUGUUGUAACACGGUUCAAUGAAUGUCAGAACAUGAUAUUAAAAAUGCUACUUCGACAGUAAAUAUCACUUCUAACAUUUUUUGUAGAGAAAGUCUUUGACUUCUGCAACAUAUUGUUCUCUUGGUUUGUAAUGUUUAAUCAGUUCAUCGUAAAUUUCACAAAACAAUGUAACAUGACCAGCUAUUCAAUACAUAAUGUACUUUGAUUAGCAAUUAUUUCUUCUCAGGACUAAAUCCAGCAGGAAUCACAGUUUAUUCUGCAGUAUUUAGCUUGUGAAAUUAUCGCUUUAAAAGCAGUGUUAUGAUACAGAUGAAACUGCUGAAUUGAUUGGAGCUCAGUAAUGGUCUGUAUCAUAUCAUCAGUAGUUGAUAUAUAAAACAGUAUUCUAAGAAAUCAGUAUAUGGACACUCUUCACGGUGCCAGUAUGAAAGUUAUUUUUUUACAAACAUUUAUCAUAAAAGCAUAAACACUUUAUAAUAAGGUCCAAGAACCGGCAUUUAUCAGAGGUUGUGGUAUUGGUACUAUGUAAUAGGCCGUAUUAAGUCUUCUUUUUUUUUCUCAGAGCUCCACUAAACACCAACAAUGCAGUAUGAAGACCACUCUACAUCUAGUCUUGCACAUAUGCCAUCCCUGUUUAUGGAUUGUUUUGAAACAGCUACUUUUAAAUGUAAUUAUGUAACUUUGAAAAAAAAAAAUCUUAUUACAGUGUCAUUAUUAAAUAAUUUGACAGUGUGCUGUAAUUUUUUUUUACUUUAAGCAAGUUGUAAAUUUGUCAAAAAGCUUUAUUUAUUUAAAAAUUUCAAAUAAAUAACACGUGUUUGAAGACCUGAUAAUAUAGCUAUUAAUUUGUGUACGUAAACAUCACAAUGUGACUUCUGUAACGCAUUUAUAAAAUAGGUACUGAUGUUAUUCUGUUUUUGAGAUGAGAUAAUUUGCCUCUGCUACAAUCUAGCUUAAGGCUGAUACAUGUUAUGGCAAUUGUAAGUCUGCAAACGUAAUGAACUGUUAAAAUGAAGUUUCAUACAUUUUGAAUAUUAUUUUAGAUUUAAAUUUCAUUUUAUUCCUAUUGUACGUGUAAAUAUUUAUAGUUAUUUAAUAUUUAAUGGGAAAAAAAAAUGCUAGUGAUUGUGCUGCUCUAUUGUCAACUACGAACAAACUACGAACUUUGCCUUUCUGUUAUAAAAGGAAAUGUUUUAAUUGACAAAUGUGUAUUCAGGUGCUAAAUCAACAUCAAAGAAAACAAAACCGGACUCCAUCACCAAUACUUGGAAAAUUCAGUACACCAGCAAAAAACAUUUUAAUUACAAAUAGCGUACCAAAACUAAAUUAAAAGAUUUUAUGAAUGAAAUACUUUGUACUAUUGUUAUUAUUGCAGUUUUCAGUUCACAUUUACCAUUAAAAAAAUCUAAUUUGAUAUACAUUCUUCUACUGAAAGUUUCAACAAUCUGAAAAAAAUAUAGAAGUUAUAUGUUAUCAUUGGCAUAAUAAAUUGAAUAUACACCAGCCCCUCGAAGUAACUAUCUAAUUCGUUCCAGGAAAAUAGAGCGGUAAUCAAAACAGCGCUAAUCAAAUACAUUUUUGCCAUAAGAGUACAUGUUAUUCAUAAUAAUUGGUUCUCCCGCCACUGAAAUCCAUUUACUAUUCCUUAUAUGACAUUUAUGUUUUUUAAAUGUACGUAUUUACAUACUGUUAACACAUCUAAAUACAAUUUAAGAAAAAAUAUAAAUGUAUAAAUUGCAUUUAAAGUUCAAAUAACCUAAAAAAAUUACUAUAUUUAAAUCACAGGCGGCAUAAUGGAACUGUACAUAGCCUACUAACUUCAUAUUUCCUUACGAAGCAUGACUAGGAGUCAGCACAGCCUGUCAUGCAAGAUGUAAACUAGCCUCGAAAGCUUCCGGCAUUUCCCACUAGAGCUGCUACUGAGUUGCAAGACGGCGUAGUAUGUAUAAACAUUACCUAAACACACACGUAGGCGUCGGAAAAUGUAUUUACGAAAUAUUAUUUACUGUGCAAUUUUAAUUAGGCUUAGGUGUUGUUGGUGCGAGCGGUGGUUGACGAGUCCUGCUGGUUACUGGGUCUGCCGGUGGUAGGCGGGUCGGGGAGCGGCACCCAGUUGUCCCUCUGCCCCCGUCCCCGCGUUUCCCGCCUGCGACGUGUUGCCUUCGCGCGCCUCCUCCCACGCGGCUCUGGUGGGGCACAGGCGAUGCCAAUGGUAUGCCUCCGAGCAAAACCGGCACCGCGGCGGGCGCUCAUCCUUCUCCUGCGUUCCUGUUGGCCUUUUUACUGUCCUUCCCUGACGUCCCCCUUCUGCUGCAAACUUCUCUGGCCGUCCCCUGGCGCCACCUCGGUUGGUCGUCUUCCGUGGUCCCGCGCCGUCGGCGCACCUCACCACGGCCAUGUCAUUGUCCGUGACUUCCGUGACGGUGCCCCCCUCGAUCCUGAGCGGGCCUGGGAAACUCGCGUGCCCCUGAGUGCCGUUCUCCACUGCAACAUGUCGCGCUCAAUUACGCGGGCGAGAGCCACGAACUCCUCUGUGUCUCGUCCGGCGGCUGUCCUCAUGAAUGGGCGGAACUCUGGUAACAACUGUUCAACAAUGGUCGGUAACGCCGCACUCACGUCCCCACUUGUUCCCAACCGUCAGAACAUGCGCAGCUUUUCAUAGAUAAACUGUUCCGCGCUCUCGUCUUCGUCCUGAUUCCAGCAAUAGAAAGUCCGCAGACACAUCGCACGUGCCUGAUCGUUGUCGAAUCUAGUCUCGACUUGACGUACAAAAUCCCCAAUCGGUAUCAAAACUCCCGGCCAUUGACCACCAGUUUCUUGCCUCGCCGCGGAGCUGUCCCGCCACUCGCGACGCCCACUCUGCCAGUCGCACUUCGUACAGCCUCAGGAGGUGCUCGCACUCCCGCAGAAACUCCCGCGGGUCCUCAUUGUCACUCCCCGAGAACACUGGCAACUCGAACUGCGCAUUCACGUAUCGCACUACCGGUCCCUCAACGUCCGCGGGCCCGUCGCUCUCUUCCCGCUUGCAGCUGUUGUCUGUGCUGUCCAUGCCGUCUGCGCUCCCAGCUACACCACUGAACCCGCACACUACGUUUUUAACAUCAAAUUUCCCAGAGUCCUCUCUCCCGUACAUCUCUGUCUCGAAACUGAUCAGAUUGUCUGUGUCCUGUUCUGUCUGUUUCCACGCCAUCCUACACGCCGGCACUACUGAUCCGGGACGUAAUCGUAAUCUCCCCAGUAAUACAGUCUGUGCCUUCCCGUAGCGUUAUCUUGCGCAGGUGAUCCCGCUGCGUCGCCGUCUUGGAUUCCUGUCGCUCCCACGUCGCGUUAUCUCUCCCUGAAAUGUCUCGGGUUCGCGCCGUUCCCGUGCUGCGAUAUCUCUUGCCGACGUCUCAGGUAUGCGCCUUCCCGCCCCGCGUUAUCUUGCGCCGGCGCGACGUCUCGGGUUUGCGUCGCUCUCACGCCGCGCGGCUGCACCUGCCUCCGUGCUGUCUGCGUGAGCUUACGUGCGUUCGUGUGUGUUUACGUGCAUUCGUGUGUGUUUACGUGCGUUCGUGUGCGUUUACGGCCACACUAGUUGGGCGUCAUAUGACAUCCCUCGGUCUAUGGUCCCUAAGUCCCUGUUGUGAAUUGUCCUGAGACUCGCUCUGGUUUGCCCGCGUAGCUCCAGUCGGAGAGAGAGUGGAGUUCAGGCCAACGUGGGCGGGACCAGGAGGGAAAUUUACAUAGGUAGAAGGAAUGGUAGAUGGUAGCAAGGAGAAGAUGAUGCUGUCCGUUUUCACGAGCUCCUUUAUUCCGUGAAGAAUCCUGUCGCAGCCUGGCCGGCACGUGGCGGAACGAGCGUCCUCCUCUGCCGCAACCCGGACUCCCGGAAAUAAACUCUUGGCAACAAAAUGUGACCCGGUAUGACAGUGAAUGCAGUCCCGUAGCGAAUCGUACCGGUUACGAAAGUUUAGCAGUGCUAUGUAGCACGUACGCGACCUGUCACGUAUGCGGAGAUAGUUCUGUGACGAAACUUACUGACUCAGAAAUUUUGGCAGUUCGAAGUAGCACAUACGCUGCCUGUUACGUAUGCGGAGAUAGUUCUGUAACGAUACGUACUGACUAGGAAAGUUCAGCGGUGCAACGAAUUCUGACACAGUGCAACUCAAUUGCAGAGGCAGUCCCGUAACGCUUAUACUGAUGGCGAAUACGAAGCUGUGCUACACGCGUCUGCUCGUCUCCGAGUCUGGCUAGCCACUGGCCCCCUCCGCCCGUCCGCGCGCCGGGGCUCGCGGUCUGCGGAGGAGGGGAGGGGAAAUAGGCAGGCGUGGGAUAGGCUCGUCUUGCGGCGAGCCAGGCUGCGGUUACAUUACUAAACAUAACACUUGAAAAAAUCACAUAAUUAUUAAGAAAUGACAUGACAAGUAAUUGAAUGGCAAUUGAUAAAACGAAAACACAAAUUAAUUAAUUAGUUACGAAUUAAUGAAAAGUGAAGUAUUUGUACAAUAUUUAGGCACACUAUUUAAGGCGUGAGAUUUCUGUUACGUUUCAAACAAUACAAUUUUGGAGGCUCGUGAUCACUUAAAAAAUGUACAUAAAAAGUAUAACUAUUUACAACACAAUGAUGUCUACUGACGUGCUAGGGCGCACGCGGGUGCGUCCCUGAUCGUAACACUUCACUGACGGUGCACAUGGGGAACAUACCUCCCUUAGGCCCACGUCGGUGGACGGGUACGGCCUCUACAUCUAGGAGGGCAUGACGACUGCCGUCAUGCGAUGGAAGCGAAUAACUAUUACAUAAAACGGUGAUAUCUUUUUUUGAUUCGUCAUAAUGUUUAUGUUACACAAGUGCCGUCUUAUUUUUAAUUUGUUGCAUUUUGUUUGUUACAUUGUGCACGUAUGAAAAUAAAAUAAAUUAUGUGGACGAGAAAGAGCGCUACUUCGAAUAUAUGACCGCGCUACUUCAAAUCAUGCCCUAAUUAAUUGGCGUCGUUACUUCAAAACAGCGCUAUUCGAACAACGUUACUUCGAGGGGCUGGUGUACUAUGAAUGGGUUAGAGGAUGAACAAUUAUAUGAACACAAAAUGUAUUAUCCUCAGAAUUAAUGCAAACAGUUGAACAGUACCAUUUAUUACUAUAAAAAGAUUUCACUGAAAUUUUUUUUAUUAAAUAAAGAUACUUUGCAACACUGGAAAAAAUUUAUAUUUCUACAUUUACGUACUUAUUCUAAACAUUUUAUGUCCUAAAAAAAUUUGCAGAUACACUAAAGAACAGAUUUGCAACAGAUUUUUUUUUGCUUUUUGAGGAUCCUGAAAGCACUGUCUAACUCAAAAUAAUAGAAAAAUUAUAACUUUUGCUCAUUGCUUUUAUAAUAUUAUAGUUUUCAGGAAUCCAGUUAUGUAGAAGAAAUUGUUGAACCUUUGUACACAAAUGAUUGAUAGUGACAACUUACACAACGAAACUAAAGUGACACGCUUAUUUUUGUCUACAUUAGUACAUACAUAGUUAUUACAUUUACUAGCAAGAUUCUUUUUUUCACUGUAUCUUAAGAAAUAGCCUUUUUUUUUUAAUUGCAAAUUAGUGUGGUUAUUUACUUAGUAUUAAUAAUUUAUGUAUUUACUGUGGUUCAUAAAAAUUUAUCUAAUCACUUAAUACAUAAAUUGCUACUUACAUUUCUGUCAUUUUUUGUGAAAAUUUUUUUAUGACUUUUAUUUCUGCAAUAUGCAGUUUGUACAUCAUUCUGCCAAGAAAAAAUGAGGUUUACAAAUACAUAUCAAAUAUGCUGUUUACUUAUUACAUAUGUACAUUUCUCAAUUGUUAUUUUUAUCUGUAUACUAUUUAAAUGGUGUUAAAGUAAUUAGAGUAUUGCUAUUUAUUGGAUUGUCUUCCAUUGUUGUACUAUGAAAAUUGUUUUUGCUGUUAUCUUUUAAAAGUAUUUGUAAAUAAAAUGGCAAUAUA